AUGUUUCGGCAAGUACGGAAAAUCCACACUAUCCCGACACUAUCGUACGACACAGCCAACGGCAUUCCGGGCCUGUUCUCGCCGUCGGCGUUGCGGGUUGCUUGGACAGAUCAUCAGACGGACAUCGUGAGCAGACUGAGCGAGGCAGUGGUUGACACAGACAACGAGGCCCGUAUUCCGUUCCACAUUCUUCUAAACACUGCUCGUCGAGCAGAUCGUGCGCAUGUUUUCAACUACGCAUCGCAGGCCCACAACAACCAUCUGUUUUUCGAGUCGCUGACCUCUCACGAGACCGCGGCCAAGGCCUCGCCCUCGCCUGCUCUUCUUCGCCGUAUCGAGGAGCGUUUCGGCAGCGUUGAGAACCUCAAGCAGGCUUUUAAAGAAGCAACCGCUACUGUGCAUGGAAACGGAUGGAUAUUCCUUAUUGAGCAGCCAGACAAGAAGCUGGACAUUGUCUCUAGUCAUAACGCCGGAACGCCAUAUCACUUUGGCCGCCAGCAAUCGCUUGAUUUGGCAGGACCCGUGUCAGAAGACGACCUUGCCCACCUCCAAAAGCUGCAGCACAAGAUUAAUGCCAAGGAAAAGAACUUUAACAUUGCCCUUCUUGCCCUGAACCUCUGGCAGCAUGCCUACAUCUUAGAUUUCGGUAUCGCCGGUCGUGAAGAUUAUAUCGAGGCUUGGUGGAGAGCCUUGGAUUGGAACAAGAUUAACGCUCGUCUUUACAACUAA